ACCAAAUCCUCUUUUGCUCCUGCUCGUUACUAAGGCCAUGCUCACGUUAAUCUUGGGAUUGGGCUAGUCCGUGAUUGAUCGAUCCCUUGAACCUUGGACAACGAGAGCAUGUCCCUGGCUUCGCGAAUCACUCUGGGUGUGACGACUUUGGGCACGGCCUUCGGGAUUUAUUAUAUUCAUGCGACACAGGAGCGUGAUCGCAAUGCCUUACAUCAGGGAAUCGUCCGCGAUCUGCAGCGCCGAAACAUGAAACAAACCCAAAACUUGGAUCGCUUGGCCCAACAAAGCACAUUUGAGCGUCUCUUGAAGGAAGAGCCCUCGACUCGUGAACCGGGUCCCCCGACGGUGACCCCAACCAAUCAAUAAAACUUCAACAAGGUCGAUCAUAUCACCCAACAAGUAGCAGUUGUAGAACUAGGAGUAGUUGUGACAUCAUGAUUACCACUGAAAGUAAACCCGCACCCGCCGAGGCUCAAAUCAACGAGGCCCUCAAGGUCACGCCCGCUCAGCAAAUGAUGUCUUCCUGUGCGGGGGCCUUAUUGGUUUCCCUCUUCAUGACGCCUUUGGACGUGGUCAAGAUUCGAUUGCAGGCUCAAGAUAUGGUGUUCAGUCGGAAGUGUUUCUUGUACAGUAACGGCAUUACCGACCAUCUGUAUGCGCGCGUCAAUGGCGAUGCUCCCCCGCCCACUGCUCUUCAUACGCGGGAAGAGAUCUGCAAUUGCCGGUGGUACAACCGGCCCAAAUAUUUCACAGGUACUCUCGAUGCCCUGGUCAAAAUUGGAAAAGUGGAAGGGGUUUCCUCUUUGUGGAGUGGACUCAGUCCCACUCUCAUUUCUGCUGUGCCCACCACCGUCAUUUAUUUCACCACGUAUGAGCGCAUCAAGUUGGCGUUCUUGGCGCAUGCGCCGGCACUAGACCCAGAAACGACCGUUCCUCUGAGCUCUGGCGCAAUAGCCCGCGUUUUUGCCGUCACCGUGGUCAGCCCCUUGGAACUGAUUCGCACUAAAAUGCAAUCUCGCCGAAUGGCCCUCUGGCAGAUCAGAGAGGCUAUAGUGAGUACCGUACGUUCUGAAGGCCCUCGGGGCCUUUGGAAGGGAUAUGGGGCUACACUUUACCGUGAUGUGCCUUUCUCAGCCUUGUAUUGGCCCUUUUAUGAAUACAUUAGAGGCCAUCUUAUUAGUCGGGAUCAAGCCUUUGGGGCUGCGUUCAUCUCUGGCGCCCUGGCAGGCUCAACAGCAAGUGCGCUUACGCUGCCCAUGGAUGUGAUCAAAACUCGCCAUCAGUUGGAAAUGGGUGAGCAUGAGCUGACUGGCAAGGCCCAAAAGAAAAAGACAUCGCUCGGCACAGCCAGAGAGAUCGUGAGUCAGCAGGGCGUGCGCGGAUUAUUUACCGGCCUUGCGCCCCGCGUAUUGAAAGUAGCUCCAGCAUGCGCCAUCAUGAUUUCUAGUUAUGAAUAUUGCAAGCGAUUCUUCGCCCAUCACAAUGAACUCAAAGCCCAGUGAAUCCAGUAAGUGAAACUGAAUACGGCUUCUUACUCUCAGUGAUGUCAUGGUAUGAGACAGUCUUACUUUUGUACGUUGUCGCCAUCGAAAUAGAGCAUUCUUUCAGGGAACCCAAGUGUACGUUCAUUGAAUUCAAACAUGGUAACGAUUUGUUUUUAUUUCUAAGAUUUUUUGAAUGACAAAUGAAUUCGGUAUGUGAUAUGACAAUGAAGGUACUGCGGAGGAUAAAUUAUAUAGUAGCUCAAGUUCAUUUAGGUUCCUAUUGACAUUUUGUAUGUGUUCUUUGUCUUCUUUUUGCACGUGCUCCUUCUACAGAGCGGUAGUAUAUGGUUAUUAAGAUGGUAUUCCGACUAGCAGUAAAUAACCAUAGUAACAUUGCUUUCUACUUUAAAUGGGGUUUUGACGGUGUUUGCAAAUGAAUAUACUGGUUAUUCAAUUAUAAUGCCCUCUUACGGUGAAUGAAUCCGUGUCAGAGAUAUCUUUAAGUUGGCUCCUCCAUAAUUUUGGGUCGUUUUCUGGUCUGCCAAAUACGUCGAGUAGGGGAGAGAGACAUUUGAUCCUGGGUGAUUCUCAAAUACAUAUCAGGCCGCCCAAGCAUUGCGCACUCGGAUAUUGAGCUUUCAAUGCAAUGUUGGAGACUUACAUAACCGAGCAGUUCUUCUUGAAAUCUGUCUCGAGUUCCUCGUCAAGAUCUCGAAUGUCCGGCAAACUCUUCCCUUCGACUUUGGGCAGAUAAGCCUCUUUGCAGAGGCCUUCCCGCUCAUAGAAGAGCAAGUAGGCCGUUGAUUUGUCCAUUUGGUCCUCGUUGAUUGGCUGUGAAAUCCAAGCAGAGAGCAGAAUGAAGACGGGACAUUGAGAAGCAAGUUUGAGCGAAAUUCACCAAGUUGAUGGAUAACACUAAUUUUUUUUUUCAUUUUAACGUAACAAGUGGAAGAGGCAAACAGAAACGAGAGAGCAAUUCUUGUGGACUUACCUUGCAGGCACUGUCAUUUUGCAGGUACCAUUUGCCGUCAUUAUGCUUUCCAUAGGACACGUAAUGACCUCCGGCCAACACACCCGAGUGAGACUAAAUGAAAAAUAAUAAUGAAAAAAAAGAUCUUCAAUUUUUCAGAUUCGGGAGUUUGACGAUUUCCUUUGAUUCAUUUUCCAUUCUUUUGCGACAACGUUUGAUCAAAACAUUUCCUUUAGGUUUUUUAUCAUCAAUUAAAGAUUGCCUUUUUACAUCGUUCAACCGGAAAAAGAAAUUACUCAUUCUAGGCAAUCCUUAACUUCAAAGUAAUAAAAAAGAUGUUUCAAAUGACACACUUUCUAUUGGCUUUCCUCGACAACUCUCAUUAAAUCAGAACUUCAACUUACCACCAUUGAAUAGAGUUUAUAAUUGAUCUCCAACGGAUUGUGCCCUUCAACCAAUUUGUGUUGAUGAAAAUCUUCCAAUUGGUCAUCUUUGAUGGUAUGAGUGAGCAACGACGUAGAUUCCAUUCGUUUCCGUCGAGCAAUCGGGUCCUCGCCAUUCAUCGGAUGCGACACCAUGGGCCUGGUAUCUGGCUUCUGACCAUCUUCCACACCUCCGUUGCACAUGGGAGGAGGGUUGUGAUUCUCGUGUCCAAACACUUCCUCCUCGUCUCCGUCUUCGUCAUCAUCCUGGAUGUUGAUCUCGUGGAGUGGUUGCGUGAUCGUCUCCAAUGAAUUGGGUUCACUUAGCUCGGCAAUUGUUCCAUGAGCUAUUGGUUUGGCACCCGAACGUAGAGCUCGAUAGCGUUGAACCGUGGUUCCUGGGACAGCGGCCAGAAAGGGCGUGGGAUCGAAGUCUUUGAUGGGAAAGUCCACGAUUUUAUGGGAUUUGAUCCACCGGCCAUUGACAAAGUGAAACCGCUUGAAGUGGACAAUC